CUCUUGACAGCCUGACUCCUGCUCGGCCCCCCGCAACCUUCCACUUCAGGCGGCAUCUGAACCCUGCUACAGCGGCUUCCACCAUGCUGUCACCGGGGGCGGCGGGACCAGUCUGGAGGCGGUAAUGGACGAUCUACAGCGCCAACAAGCAGCUCGUUUUGCCGUAGAGGAGAAGCUCCAGCAGGAGGGAAAAAACAGAACUUUCCGCAGUGUGGUACAGUCCCAGAUCCAUCAGCAAGCUGUGGCUUUUAGCCACUACCACGGCGCGCUUGGCAACACUCUCGCAGCUGGAGCUGGUUCCUCCACCGGGAUGAUGCGUCUUCACCGGGAGGACAAGGACGGGAAUUUAAAACCUUGCACUGGUGAGGAGGUGUGGGUCACAGAUGAGCAGGAGAUCACUGAUGAAGAGGAGAAUCACAAAGACAUGUCAAACUCUUUCCAACUCCAUGAAGCUUGUUUGUCUCCAAAGGGCGCCACGGUGCGCUUCCUUACCACUGAUCAAGUUUCACGCACAGAGUCUCAGUCCGCGCACUUCCAUUCCCAGCAAGAGUGGACCUACGAGGAGCAAUUUAAACAGUUGUAUGACCUUGAUGAAGAUGAAAAGCGCAAAGACUUUCUUGAUGACCUUUUCAAUUUCAUGCAAAAACGAGGGACUCCAGUGAAUCGAAUUCCUAUCAUGGCAAAGCAGGUGCUGGAUCUCUACAUGCUCUACAAGCUCGUCACAGAAAAAGGCGGCUUAGUGGAAGUCAUCAAUAAAAAGAUAUGGCGUGAGAUUACCAAAGGCCUCCAUCUCCCAACCUCUAUUACUAGUGCAGCAUUUACUCUCCGAACACAGUAUAUGAAGUACCUCUAUCCAUAUGAAUGUGAAAAGCAGGGACUGAGCUCUCCUGGUGAACUUCAAGCAGCAAUAGACAGCAACCGUCGGGAGAGCCGUAGGCAGAACUACAGUUCUACCAUCUUCAGCUAUUCUGUCGCAGGCCCACAGACUUCUCUCCCAACAACAAAAAUACAGCCACAUGUACCAAUGCUUUCUCCACAAAGCAACGUUAUCACCCAGGCUCCUUCUGUCAAAAGAGAUGAUAGACAAGAGUCCAUAUUGAACCUGUCUACCAACGGCAUUAACAGCAUCAACAUGUCAAUAGAAAUAAAUGGAGUUGUCUACACAGCCCCCACUCUAGCUUCAACUUCAGCUGCUUCUGCGCCACCUCUGUCCUGUGACGUCAUCACGCCCACUCCUGAACAUUACUCAGUCACUAGCCUUCCACCAGAUGGCGCCACAGACUGCUUUUCCUGGCGGGCGUGCCGACCUCCAACACACCUGUUCGGCAUCUCCUCAUCAUCUCUGGAGCUCAAGAGGAGCUGACUGCCGGUUCUUCGAUGCCUGAGUGUUUGCCAGCAACGGUGUCCUCCUCGAGACGCUGAGUUCCUUUGUUAAGGGAUUAUUUCCCCCUGGUUUUCCGGAACCCAUUCCCUUGUGACGCUGUGGAGAUUACCCACUGGUUGCCCGAGUCCCCGCACCUUCCCUUGGAAACGCCGUUCGUCAGUCGGAACACUCCUCUGUCUCCAGCCCACCAGAUCCUGCCUGUCCGCCUUCCGCCGCCAGCUUCUGGACCCAGCUGGUUCUCAGACAAGCCCGGACCCAUUGAGAAGACCCUUUGGACUAAACGACCUCGAUCCAACAGUUAAACCCUCCCGGACUUUCACCAUCUACUCUGCAAGUAAGAUCAGUCCGUUUCUCAUUCCCUCACUCCCUUUUCUGACGCCCUCGAACUCACCUUCUCUCUGUUGCCUCCAUAGUGUGCCGCAUUUCCUGAGAGCCGUAUUUCCUGGAGCAGACGCACCUCUGCUGAUUUUCUGAUUAUUCAAUAAACCAUUUUUACUGAU